GACUGUUUUCUUUAGGACUGGGGCUGGGCAGAGGGCUGCAGAGUGGACACCAGUGAGGAGCUGAGGAGUAACUGACCUGCAGACUGAAAGCUGAGGAGAAAGGGCACAGUCAAGGAGGUUUUAGGCUGGAGUUAUGAGGGUGGGAGCUGCGACCUUGGCUGGGGGGAUAUUUGGGGUAGUAGGGACUCUGUGUUUUUUCCUUGCCUUUGCUACAGACUACUGGCUGGUGGCCAGUGACGACUGCGGGCCGUAUACAUGGCCGACAAAAACAACCCUGACAAAAGAUGACAAUGGGACUGAGAUCCAGUUAGUGGAAGCCGUCACUGCCUCUCCUCCACCUCUCACUCUGCACCACGAGGGCUUCUUCUGGCGAUGUGUGUUUCAGGUGGAGCCCACAGCACAUGCAGUCCUGGCCACUCUCUUCACAAACCAGCCAAAAUCCAAAGUCUGUAUCCAUGGUUACCUCUUCCCUCUGCCUGUCGCACUUGGACAGGUGCCUCAUCCAAGUUAUGAUACUGCAGCAGUGUUUCGGGGUUUCUGGACUGUGCUGUUAAUCCUUGGCCUGGUCGCAGCUCUAACUGGAGGCUUCCUCUUGGUCUGUGGUGUCCCCUGCAUCAGCCACACACUGUACAAGCUGGGCGGUGCUUUCCUCAUAAUUGCUGCCUGCUUGAUCCUGUUCAUGCUGCUGCUCUUCGUGCUGUGGAUGGAGGUGAUGGAGGUGAAGCGCUACGUCAUGCAGGAGAGAGGAGAGACGUGUCCACUUGCUCAGGUUUCAGUGCUCUACGGGCUGUCUUUCAUGGUGGCGGCUGCAGGCGUGCCUCUGGAGCUCAUCUCUGGAAUGAUCUUCAUGCUGGUGGGCCGCGCGUUGCGUGCCAGCAAGUGAGCUCGCCGUCUGGUCUGUGGGGAAGAAAGGAAUGACCUUUUACUGUCCUGCACUGGGACUCACUGGCAGACUUGUGGGAUGUAGAUACUGGCUGGAAAGACAUGAUCAAUAUUACAGCACCACCCUUUGGAUGUCAAGUAUAGCAGUCAGAGACACUCAUCUUUAGUUUUCUAUAACUUGCUUUGCUUUAUUUAUAUAUAUUAAAAAACUCUAAUUGCUUUAGAAUAAUAAUACCAUAAUUAAAGAGCACAAGUUAUGGGAUUAAUGAGGUGUGAUAUUGAUAUCAUAGUGGUGUUAAAGGAAUACUUCACUCCCCAAAUGACCAUUUUUAUGUCAGUUAGGCCUCGAUCACAGAGAAAGUGUUUUGCAGGUUGUGCAGGUUGCAAAUCGUGAGGUGCACUGCACUGCCUUUUUUUAUACAACUGAAUGCCACUAGUAAACAAAUUGCUUGCUUCACCUUUUAUUGUUGCCAGGCAACCACCUCAUCACGUCCUUACACUAACCUUCCCGUGUAAUCAAUCUGCUGUUUUUGUUUUGUUUCUUUCACAGUAAUUAGUAUCUAGUUCCUAAAAUGUUGAGGCAGAGGGUACCUGCUGUAGCUCUGGUUGAGGGUGAGAGGCUGUCAGCAAAUAGUUUGUUGGGCACAGGGAAACAGAGAUCUGUGUGGGUACAUGAGACCCUGAAAAAGAGGGUGGAUCAUGGGGAGUACCACAGGUUGGUCCAGGAGCUUCAUCUUGAUGAUGGCUGUUUCCAGGCUUGUUUUAGGGUGACUCGGGGGCAGUAAUUGGGCCGUAUAGCUCUGGGUAUUCAGCAACUGCUGCCACCAUUUUCUCCUCCAUUGUUUACCAACUGUAAACUUGUUGUCAUGACCACCACAGAAGGCCCGCCUCUCAAAUCUUCCGAUUGGACAAUCGGGAAAAAGUAUGGAAAAAGAGAUCACAUGGGGUGCUGUUCCACUCUGAGGUGAAGUUUUUCAACUUGAGGAGUUCAGAGCACUUCAGGAGCCUAGAGUGCAGAAACACGGGGAACGUCGCUAGCAAAAAGCUUAAUUUUCAUCUCAACCCUUUCCUGUGUGUUUGGGGCCUUACUCAGCCUGUGUUACGCUGAAUUUGUGAAGAAACCUUUGUUUUUUCUGCCAGCCUAUGGUGAACAAAGAAUCAAAACGGAGAAAAUUCUUGAAGAAUUGGAGUAAAAAAGGUCUGCAUUGAACAAUUAGCAAACUAUUCAAAACAUCUACAUAUAAUCCAAGACUCAUUUAACCAGCUGUAGGCUCAGUACUUACCAAAUAGACAACCAUUUUCAAUGAGGAACUGAACUAAAAGUGAAACUUACCUAUGCUCACUUCACAGCCAGUCCACUGGCAAAAACAAUAAUUUUACCUCUCUAAACAUGGGAGCUGCUGGUGCCUCAAUUUGUAGUUUCUUUAUGUUAUUGUGUAACUUUGCUGAAUCCAAACUAGUCUGAGUGGGCGGAAGUUCGCUGCAUAGAUCAACCUCUCAUUGGGCAGAACGAGCCACCUCAUAGAUCAACCUCUCAUUGGGCAGAACGAGCCACCUGUUGAAGUCCCGCCCUACCACCUCUGGUUGUGUAGCAGUUUUCAACACGUCCUUUACUAACUUUUGCGAUGUUUGAUGUAGCCAUUUUUCUGCCAUGGUUCGCGUCCUGUAGGCGAUAUUUUUGUGGGCGUGUUACACCAAAACCUGUUUCCCCCUGGCAAUAUUUUUGCAAGCGCACCGUUGCUGUGGCACCGCCCAGAACGAUUGUGAUUGGUUGAAAGAAGUACAAGCAGCCGGAGCGUUUUUUUCUCCUAUCUUAAAGUGAGAGUUGGCACAGCCAGACCUUUCUUUUCUUGAGAAAGGUCUGGUGAGCGAGACUAAAUCCAAACUAGCUUUUAAAACAGUAACAACAAACUACUGAUUGAGGCAGCAACUCCUGGUUUUGACAAGUCGCUAACUACGUUUCAUUUUGAGUUGAGUUCCAGCGGUCUGUUUGUGAAGUACUGAGCAUACAACUGGAUAAAUGAGACAUGGAUUACACUGCACAAGUUGUGUGAGUUUAUUAACUGAUGUUUUGAUAUAAUUUUGAUGUUGUUAAAUGUGAUCCCCUUGUAAUUUAAUUCAUCAAGAAUUUUCUCAGUUUUUGGAUUCUUCGUUUACUGUGGGGGCAUGGGAGAAAAACAAAGUUUUCCUCAGGAAUUCAGCGUAACAUGAGGUGAGGAAUAAAUACACAAAUAGUCAUUUGGGAGGUGAAGUAUUCCUUUAAGGAGCAAUAUAUGAUGUGCUAAGAUGUGUUUUUUUAUGUGUGAAUACAAAUAUUUUCUCCACUCA